CUACGAAGGAGCAGGAACAGCAAAAGGCCUGAGCACACAGGAACUUCUCUGUCUGCCUGAGAGCACCUGAUGCCCUUGAGUCAGGAAUUGUCCAGCACAGAGACAUCUCACCCUCUUACCUGGACAGGAAGGCCUGGGAGAGCACUGACUGCAGGAUUCUACCAAGGUCGUGAUGCCAGAGGGAUCCACGGAAGAGCUCCACAGCAGCCAACCCUGUGAGAGCCAAGUGCCCGAGCCUGCUGGGCUGCUGGCUCCCAGGAGCAGCAGGACAAUGGUAACAGGAGGCGGAGGCUACCUGGGAUACAAUCUGGGAUGUGCCCUUGUGAGCUCGGGAAUUGCUGUUGUGCUGUUCGAUGUUCGGAAGCCUAAAUGGGAAAUUCCAAGCGGAGCGGAUUUUUUCAAGGGUGAUGUGAGGGAUUAUGAAGCAGUGUUCAAAGCAUGUGAAGGGGUUGACUGUGUUUUCCAUGUAGCUGCAUGUGGAAUGUCAGGAUUGGAACAACUUCAAAAGAAAGAUCAGAUUGAAUCCAUAAAUGUUGGAGGCACAAAAAUAAUAAUUGAUGUCUGCAAACAAAGAAAUAUCCCUAGACUGAUAUAUACCAGUACAGUGAAUGUGGUGUUUGGAGGGAAUCCUAUUGAAGAAGGAGAUGAAGAAACUGUACCGUAUUUUCCACUGGAAAAGCAAUUUAAUCAUUAUUCCAGAACCAAGGCAAUUGCAGACCAAAUGGUUCUUGCUGCUAAUGGAACUUUACUCAAAGGAGGGGACAAGCUCCACACGUGUGUGCUUCGCCCGCCGGGCAUCUACGGACCAGAAGAGCAGCGGCACCUGCCUCGAGUAGCCAUAAAUAUCCAGCGGAGACUUUUUAACUUCAAGUUUGGGAAUCACAAAGUUCAGAUGAACUGGGUUCACAUAGGAAAUCUAGUGCAAGCUCAUUUACUGGCUGCUGAGGCUCUCACCUCUGAGAAGGGCUAUGUAGCUAGUGGUCAGGCUUAUUACAUCCAUGAUGGUGAGAAUGUCAUCUUCUCUGAGUGGAUUGUGCCUUUGUUUGAAAAAUUAGGCUACAGGAAACCUUGGAUACAUAUUCCUGUUCUCCUGGCUCAUAUAGCAGCCACUGUGAUGGAAUAUCUGCACCUGAUACUAAAGCCAGUUUUUAGCUUCACACCUUUCUUGACAAGGAAUGAGGUGUGGAAUGUCACUGUAACUCACACUUUCCGAAUAGACAAGGCACGAAACCAACUCGGUUACAAACCAAAGAAAUUCUCAUUUGCUGAUUCUGUGGAUCAUUAUCUAAAAACAAGACCUACCUACCAAGAAGAUCACACAUUCCUUAAAAUGGUGUUUGUCUUUGGCAUUUUGUUAAGUUUGAUCAUUCUUUCUUUCUUCUAAAAUCAAAUAGCCACUCACCUGUUCCAGAAAACCUCAUUUUGUUUCUGAGUAUUAAUUAUCUGGUCAUAGUACAUUCCUCAGCCACUCUGGGCUUUGUUACUCAUAUUACUAUGAUGACACCUCUCUGACCUCAUUAAGAAA